CAGAUCAGUUCGCCAACGCUGAGAUCGUGGCUUCUCUGCCCAGCCGCUGGAAACUGAACAUCGGCUACGCUCACUCCUUCGGCAUGACGGAGAACUUCUUCAUCCACUUUGAGCAGCCCUUGGCCCUGAACGUACCCCGGAUGUUGUGUAUGGGUCUCUUAGGGGCGGGGCUCGAGUCCACUUUGGUCAACUACACCUCAGAACCGAUCCAGAUCCACGUGGUGAACAGACACACUGGGGAGAGGGUACCCAUCAAGUACAUCGCUCCUCACGGCUUCAUCUUCCACUUCAUCAACUGCUACGAGGACUCCGGCUUCGUCGUUGUGGACGUUGUCUGGAACAACAGCACCUCGCCAAUCAAAGACUUCUACAUAGACCAGCUUAUGAAUGCCCAGAAACACAAGUUCCCACUGGACACCGGUUUUGCACGAUUUGUCCUGCCUCUCAGCGUUCAAGGGGCCAAAGAGGGACUGAACUUAGUGACCCUGCCGGACAGUGAAGCAACCGCUGUGCUCCGACCGGGAACUAAAGACAUUGUGGAUGUGAACAAGGACCCCAUAUUUGACGGUCAGUCCUUAACUCUUUAA